CAAUCUUAAAAAGCCAAACUGCACUGCACCAAAUACAUCAUUUCAGCUCGAUUUUGCUCAUCCUGAGAUUCUCAGCCAAACCACCUUCAAGUUAUCAACAAAGCAGCCACUCAUUUUUGGUCAUCAUCAUUCAUUCACUAUAUUUUUUUUGAGCACCCAACUACGUGAGAAACAAGAAGACAAAAUUAAAACGCGCCAAUUCCUUAUCCAGAUGGAUAUUCCACUCAACCUCGCAAUUUAUUGGCCACAAAUCUUAAAACCCCAAUUGACAUAUUUUCAAAAGAAAAAACCCCAAAAGGAAAAAAAUAAAUAUAUUUCUGAAGAAAAGAUAUGUUGGCGAAAGAGUCGGCGAGGUUCGACAUCCCGGAGGAGCUGCUCGAGGUUCUGCCGUCGGACCCAUUCGAGCAGCUCGAUGUCGCCCGGAAAAUCACCUCCAUCGCGCUUUCGACACGUGUCGACGCCCUCGAGUCGGAGGUGUCCGUCCUCCGCGACCAGCUCAACGACCGCGACAAUAUCAUAUCCGGCCUCGAGUCGCAGCUCGAAUCGCUCGACGCCGCCUUCAACGAGGCCUCCGAUAAGCUCACCACGGUUCAGCAGGACAAGGAAGGAUUGAUUAGGGAGAAUGCUCAGCUAAGCAGUACAGUGAAGAAACUGAACAGAGAUGUUGUCAAGUUGGAAGCCUUCAGAAAGACGCUCAUGAGGUCACUCCAAGAUGAUGAAGGAAACCCUGCGAGUGUUCCUAAGGCUGCUCCUGUGCAUAUGGCAAGCAAUAAUGACGAUGCUGCCUUACCACCAAGCGGAACAGCUUCUAUGCAGAGCCAAUUUUCAGAUUCCGGAAGUUCAAAUGCAGGGGGCGCUGAGACUGAAGUCAUGAAGCCUCGUGUAUCUCAUGUCCUGUUGCUUGCUUCCCAGACGAGCACGCCUCGGCUAACUCCUUCUGGUUCCCCUCCAAGUCUCUCUGCAUCUGUUUCGCCUUCAAGGACUCCCAAACCCUUGUCCCCAAGGAGACACUCAAUUUCGUUUGCAAACUCAAGAGGAUUUUUUGAUGAUAAAUCUUCCGGUUUUUCUUCUGUGCCUUCAAGCCAGUUCAGUUCCAUGUCGAGCUUGGAGUCAGGAUCACAACCAGGGAAAGCCCGAGUUGAUGGAAAAGAAUUCUUCCGCCAAGUCAGAAAACUUAAGUUUCAAGCUAUUUGCGUAGAGUUUUGCUUCCCUGUUCAUGAAUUCGGUCCAAGAACCAGGCUAUCAUAUGAGCAGUUUGGGGCAUUUCUAGCAAAUGUAAAGGAACUUAACUCCCACAAGCAAACAAAAGAGGAAACCUUACGGAAGGCGGAUGAAAUUUUUGGACCCGAUAACAAGGAUCUUUCUGUCAUUUUUGAGGGGUUAAUCACGCGUAAUGUCCACUGAAAGCUAAAGAGAAACACACCUUUUUUUUCAAUGUUCUUGGUGAGUGAUUCUUUAUUAAAUGAUGGAACUUCAUGUGUAACAUAUACACUGUAAUUUACAAAGAAACUUUUCAUAAAUCCACCGUAAAUGUAAAUAUUGUUGUUGAUUUGAAUCAAAUUGCAGCACUUAAUCUUGAAUAAAUGAAUGCAUGUUUCAUAAGCUGGUUGCUAUUGUUAAUUAUUUGUUGACCUUCCUGUAAUUACAUAAUUUUGUUGAUAUCUUUUAAUAAAAAUAAGAGACAGGUUC